CCUCUCUCUCACACACUCUAUGCAAGCGUAUACUAGUGAGCAUAAAGUGUCUGUUAGUGGGAACGAGACGUCUCUAGUGGAGACACAAGAUAAAUCUUUCUCGGUCAACACUGAGUACAGGCAAAAGGCAUUUUAAGUCAGUUCAUCCGAAGACUGUCAUCUCUCAGAUUGCUCAUCAUGGACUGCCACGUUGAGGAAUGCAGCCCACCCCAGGAAGAGGAGGACAUCAUGGACAUACCUCUGGACGACCCUGAGGCCAACAAGGCAGCUGCCAAGAUCCAGGCUGGCUUCCGCGGUCACAUGACCAGGAAGAAGAUUAAGCCUGCUGACAAGCCUGAGGGGGAGGAGGAGGAUGAGGAGGUGAGCAGCAGUGGUGAGGCUCUCAACGGCAACCAGGGGGAAACAGAAUCGGGAGGAUCAGAAGGAGUAGAGAGAGAUGACACAUCAGUGCCGGAACAGUGAAGCCUCUGACCUCGAUGAAGAUAAGAAGAAGAAAAAGCAUGGCUGUACCUUUUUUUUUCUCCAUGGGAGCAACUUUCUAUGUAACACAAAAUAGUAGUAUAUUAUCCAGAUUUUGGGUUGCGUCAUCUGAUUUGUGAACUCUUUAACACUUUCCUGCUUCCAGUCCCAAUUCGUGUGGAUCGUCUUUGACCCACAUUUGCAUCCCUCACUGCAUGUACUUGUGAAACUUCUGGUAGUGUGCUAGUCCAGAAGAUAUGUGAGGCUGAUAAUAAUUGUUUUCUCAUGCUAAACAGGGCUAAUUUGAGUUGAUUAUAAAGUUUGUGUACAAUUAUGCAUUAUGAAUACACGUCAACCGCUGGAAUGCUUGUUUCUGCGUUGUUUCAAGUGCUUGUAUAAUUACAAUUUCAUUAUUUUUGGUGUACACAAUAUCGCUAAAAGGGAGGUAGAGACCCUUAAUGGUUAUUGGAAGGCAUACUAUUUAAGUUGAUAAUUAAUUUAUUGUUAUCUAGAUUUGCAGUCUUUUAAGUGUUGUGCACUGUAAUGAAUAAUGGAAUUACUUUCA